GACGACCGCAGCUGUUAGAUAGCUGGCUGAGCUAUAUUUAACCUAUGGUAGCGAACGACAGUACGUGUUGUUGAUGAAAAAAGAUUUAAAGACGUAUUUUAACAAACGCUAAUGGUUUGGGAUCAGACCGUUGUAUUUGUCCCCGCAUUGAGUGCUACAAUCAGCUCAGCGAAUGUUGGGUAAGAUCUGUCAACAUCAGGUGCGGUUUGGGUAACAUCUGUCAACAUCAGAUGUCCUUUGCCUUUUCCCUGAUGGGUAUAUCUCCAUUCUUGGGACCCUGUACGUCUGGCAAGGAGAGAGGACACGUACUCUGCUGAAACUGCUUGGAGAGAUAUCCGGGGGCUUUUUCUCCAUCUCAGGCUAACUACAAAAAAAGGAAGCAAUGAACUUCCAGGGUAGUCGGAGGCGAGGAGAGGAUGGCAUUGCCAUGGUGAUUGACUUCCUGCUGUCUAAUGCCCGGCUGGUUCUGGGAGUUGGUGGAGCUGCCGUGCUAGGAAUUGCUACACUGGCAGUGAAACGGCUGAUAGAGCGUGCAGGUCGCGCAGCCAAUGAUGAAAAGGUGGAGCAGAAGAUGGCUGAGAGUUGGGAGGAGUUGAGUUUGGUCUCAGCUUCCCCCACACUGAUCAAGAAAGGCAUAGAGGGCGUGGUGAUGAAACAUGUUGCCAAGGCAGCCAGACAGCAGAAAGCUGACCUGUGCCAACAGCCUCAGAUGUCCCCUCUGGAGGUGUCUAAACCUGAGUCAAAGUCCAAGAGGCUCCAGCUGUGUGUCCUUAGUCUGCAGGAGCGGCUGCAGCAGUACUAUCACACGAGGGUGGCACUAGCUCCGCAUGAGGUCCAGAGGGCUCAGUCUCUGGCUCUGGACAUCUGCACUGAGAUCCAGGGCUUUCUGCGCAGCCGCCACCCCGACAUGCCGCUGGGAGAAAUGAGCCUCGGAGGUUCUCUGCUGGAUGACCUGCAGGUGGUCACUGCGGACCAUGCCUGUCUGCUGGUGCCUCUACAGCUGGAAGCUUCUCUGUGGCGUCUCAUCCCGGGAGAGGAAACACUACUCACACACCCGUUGCACUGGAUGGUCCGACGGGUCAAUCUGGAAUAUUUUCCCAGAGGACGCAGCUACUGGGACAGGUACCUGGUGGGUGGUUACCUCUCCGCAGAAGCUGUUGUGAACAUGUUUAGUAAAGCUGUCAUGGAAACUAUAAACUGGCCAUCAAUCAGCAGCACUAUGGACUGUCUUGUCAGACCUGUACUGGGAGGACCGGACCUGAGACUGGAGAUUCGACCUAGUAAUGAAAGAGGAGGAGCAGAGAGCAGUGAUCACCCUCUGUUCAUCUCCAUGUUGCCUCUGCUGAGGCAGGAGGACGUGGUCCUGACCGCCCAGCCUGAGCUCACCUCUCCCUGGGUCAACGCCUGGCAUCUGUCGCUCUACCCGUGGGAAACUCAGCGCCUGGCUCAACUUGACGCGGCUGACAACGGAUACCGCAGGCACACACUCAAAGUCCUGAAGGCGGUGUGCAGACUGAACCCUGCCCUGCGGCCUCUCGAAAGUGCCCCGCUGGCCAAUCUCAUCCUGCACCUCAGUGACAGUGAGAGCGACUGGUCCGAGAUCAGCCUGGAUGUGAGAUUCCAGCAAUGUAUCACAGAGCUGAUUGGCUACCUCGAGCAAUGGGCUUUACACAGUUACUUCAAACCAGCUGUCAAUCUGCUGAGCAGCUUGUCAGAGGACCAGGUGGACCAGAUGGGCUUCAUGCUCUACUGUGCUGUGUCAGAGCCUGAAAUACUGUUCAUAUAACUCCCUGGAAACACAGGAGUAAUAUUAUAUCAUCUAUAAUGUUUGGUUCAGGGUAAAGAUGUAUUCUUCCCACUGCUUACUCUCCCUGUCUAGCUUCUCCGUCUUGCAGUGGUGAAACAUAGAGUACAGUUUCAAUGACAAAUGACAGAACUGACGGCUGCACUGGAGGAGGAUGAGAAGCUACAAGGAGGCUGCAGAUGUGACAGUGAUAAUCAAGCUAAACAAAUCACUCCGAGGAAAGGAGACGUGCCAAGGAAAGGAGCUAAGGGAGUGUUAAUCAAAUCUUUGAAAUGAGGCUUCAUGAUGUGUGUGAUCAUAACUCCCCGCACUCAAUGGAGCCAAGUCUGCAUUGAAGCUUGUGUGAUUAUUAUUUUUCACAGGGAGUCAGAGAUAUGGUCAGCAUGGCCACAUACAGUUCAGUAUAUGAGUAUAGCAGCAGGAGGUAGAGUACAGUUUAUUGCUCAAGUUAUCCUCUAACUGAUAGUGUGUGCUCUGCAUCAUUUUCCUAAAUCUCCUUUAAUAUAUUCUAACUAUGCAGAAAAACAAUGAGCUGCUGAAAGUCACCAGGUUUUGCUGCACUUAUUAAACUAUUCAGUGUAUCUGAGUUGGGCUCAUUUAACUCAGCGUGUACAUUUUAUCGUACUGAAGGUUGAAGUGUGCAGUAUUUUUGUCUUUUGUUUAGUGUUCAUUCUGUUGCUGAUCUUAUUUGGGCAAACCACGCCUUUAAAUUAUGGUUAAAGUUGCCUAAUAAUUUUAUGCAGCUGCUUUUAAAUACAGUAUGAAUGUGGGCAUUUCUUCAGUGGUGUCAUCUUCUUGCUGGGUGUAAGAGAAAACGAUUUUCUUUGAUUGAACAGUGAAACUGCAAAUAAAAAUUAAAGCACUUGUUUAGA